CAGAGUCGGGGUGAGCCAGGAUUGCCCUAGUUUCAGCAGCCUCCCACGGAAUCCUCCGUGAGGCAUUUUGCAAGCCCCGUGAGCAAUGCGUGGGGUGGGCGAGGGACACCGAGCGCUGAAGCCACAGGAUGUGUGUCAGCUCAGUGUCCCCGCUGCUGCAUAAUCGGUACUGGGGGUCCUUGAACCCCCUGGGGUGGCCCCGCUCAUCUGAACAGCCUGGGCCAUUGUGCAGCUCUUGGGGUGCCCCCCAGUGAAGCAAGAAACCAGGGAGAGAAGCAGCAAAUGGAGCAUGGAAACACUCCAAACACGGGCAGCCUGCAAGGAGGGGAAAUGAUGCCAAAAGAAACUACUUUGGGGCCCAGACACAGCCUGGCUACAGCAUUGUUUGGGCAGAAUUAAAGUCUUGCCAAAGCUGCUUUGCAUCCCCUGCUUUUCUGUGUGCUUUGUGCUGUGUCUGACCUGCCUGUGCCAAGCCUUGCUCCACCACUGGAUGUGGAGGUCUCACCUGAGUCUUGCUUUGGAAUGAAUCCUUUUCACUCAUCGCUGUCUCCUAAACCCUUCUAGACUGCUGAUGAAACCAGGCUGGCUUGUGCCCAAGUAAUUGUUCUCCAGCUGCAGGAUCAGAACACUGCCAGAAUUUCUUAUCCUGCAGUAAGAUAACAAGUUCAGGAUAAUUCCUUAAAUCUUGCUGCAUGGUAACCCAUCACCCCAGCAGCUGAGGCUAUUCCUGCAUCUCAGUCCCUCACACUCCCUACAUUUCUCAAUCACCAUUUUUCCUUAACCUUUCUUAAACUAUCCAUAUUCUGGGGCAGACCUGGAGGGUCUGGUGGGCUGCCUGUUGUUCAUGCUGGGUGGUGUGGGAGUAGGCAGUGCCUGUUUAUGCCAGGAUGCCCAGGGCUUGGCACUGAGCUGCAAACAGGACUCAGCAGGGAACCUAUGAAGAUCCUACAGCCCCCUGGAUGGUGAUACCUGGGCAAGGAAGGGGUUUUAGGGCAGUGUCACUUAUAACUUGGAACAGCAUGGACUCAUGUUUUGCUUUCCUGCAGGCCCAGCAGUUGUGUGAGAUGCUGCCCAGUGCUGGUGUCUAUUACUUCCCAUGGGAGAUCAACAGCUCAGUCCCUGAGGGGGAGGCCCUGAGGACAUUUGGCAGGUUAUGCUGCUAUGACCUGACCCGAUCCGAAGCCGUUCUCACCACUCAGCACAGCUCAGCUCAGUACCAGGUCUGUGUCAACACCAAGUUUGUGGAGCCGUUCCAAGCCCAGCUGGGAUCUUUCUACAUCGUCCUGGGAGAGGCUGAAUACAGAGAAGAAACUUCCAGUCCUGUGGUAAAAGCACGAAUAUUGACCUGUGUGGAAGGGAUGAACGUGCCCUUGCUGGAACAAGCCAUUCAGGAGCAGAGGAAAUACUUCAAGGAGAGGCAGGAGCAGAGGGAAAGCAGCACAUCCUGACAGCUCCCAGACCAGCCAUACGCUGGUCCUUGCACUGCCACUUGCAACCAAUAUGUUAAAAGUAAAUUUAGUUGUGGGUUUGCUACAUGGGUUUUGCUGUGGCAAACAGCAAAGUCACUGAGCAGGGAAGCACUUGAAGGCUGUGAGUCAGUAUGUGACUGUGGGUCAUGCAUUCACGCCAAGUGUCAUCACUGAAAAUAGCUCUGGGAAGGUUUGUUGUUUGUUGUUUGAAAGGGUGACUAAGGAAGGGGAACACUUGGGUUAUAAUGGUCCUUUUGUAAUGCAGGGAUUGGAGAAGUCGGGAAAAGGAGAAGACUGAAUCUGGAGUUAAGCAGCUCAUUGUUGGCAGAUUGGAGGAAAGAGGAAAGAGGAAAGGGUCAUUAACACAAAGUAAAGUUCAUUAGCACAAAGUUCAUCAGCCCUGUGGGGCUGCAGGUUCAUGAGUGCCUGAGUUUGGGUGCCCUGACUCAGUUGCCACACAGGAACAUUCCUGGCAAAGCACUCACUUACCUGGAUUGACCAACAAAGAAACAAGAAGAACAAAGAAACAAGAAGGACAAAGAGUCCAUAUUUUCAGUAGCAGCUGCCUCUUCAGGCUUUCAGUAGGUGGUGUCCAAGGGGAGGAUUGAUUUUACCUCUAAGAUAAAUAUUUGCAGUGCCCUGACAAGCAUCACUUGACUUUCUUCCUUGACACAACUAAGUUUAAGAGAUCUUAAAUCCCUUUUGAGAGAUUUAAUUUUUUUUGAUUGAUAUUUUCCUAAAUAAAGAUGAA